ACAACACAAUUGAGAAACCGGACCGGUCGGUCCAAGUAGUGGGAUUGAGAACCGGUGUUAAAACCCUAUGCGGCUGUGCGCCUGAGUCAAAACCGCGAACGCCAUCCCUGUCCGGCCAGCAUCUCCGGCAACACACCAUCUCCGGCAAUGUUGGCCAAGUUCAUUCCGAAACCCUCCUCCAUUUCUCUCUUCCGAUUCAAUCAACAGAGGGAAUUGCAUAGCAGGAACAAGAAGGCCUUGGAGUAUAUUGCAAAAGGAUGGAAUGCUUUGAAGGAGGUUGAUAGAGUCAUCGAUUAUUGCGAGCUCAAUGAUAAACGCCUCAUUCCUCAACUUAGGACAGCCAAGGAGAAUUUUGAGCUUGCUUUGGAGGCUGACAACACCAAUACCCAUGCUAGGUAUUGGUUGUCUAGAUUGCAUAUGAAAUACCAUGUUCCAGGAGCAAAUAAAGCUGUAGGGGCGGCAUUAUUGGUGGAAGCAGCAGAAAUGGGUGAUCCUGAUGCACAAUAUGCACUGGGUUGUCAUUUAAGAGUUGAGAAUGACGAUGUCCAAUCAGAUCAACAAGCUUUUUAUUAUUUGGAGAAAGCUGUGGACCAGUUGCAUCCAGGUGCUCUUUACCUUUUGGGGGCUGUAUAUUUGACAGGUGACUGUGUCAAAAAAGACAUUUCUUCAGCAUUGUGGUGUUUCCAUAGGGCAUCAGAGAAGGGGCAUGCUGGGGCAGCUAUUGCUUAUGGAUCUCUUCUUCUUAAAGGUGUGGAUAUUCCAGAAUCAUUGGUAAAAUUCAGUUUGAAGAGAGGCCAGGCUGCUCAUAAACGUGGGAAGAAUAAAGAAAGUGUUAAAAUUGAUCCAGUAGAGAUGGCAAGAGAAAAAUUUCAGAUAGCGGCGAAAGCAGGAUGUGAUCUUGGAUUCAAAUGGCUUGCAAGGUUAGAGGAGGAAGAGAAGCGGUUGCUCACAGAAGGGCAUUGAGAUAAAACUAGGAACUGCAGUUAGGUUUUGUAGCAGAAUAAAUGUGAUAGGAAAAAGUGAAGAGUUCAUCAAUGAAAAAAAUUACAGGUGUAAAUUUUGACAUAUUCAUAAUUUAUUAUACAUGAGUAUGUAUAAUCUAGAAUAUCUAAAUGCUGAUUUAUCUAUGGCAUGUUUGUACACAAAACUGAUUAACUAAAUAUAAAACUGGAUGUUGUGCGUGUGUUUAA